CGCGCCCGUUUGUCGUCAUCAAGACAAGCGGGCGACGGCGGGGCUUGCGAGGAAGUAGAAAGCUGCUAUGGCGAGUCCUACAGCCGCCGCUGUGAGACCGCCCAGGCCCAAGAAAGAGCCGCAGACGCUCGUCAUCCCCAAGAAUGCGGCCGAGGAGCAGAAGCUCAAGCUGGAGCGGCUCAUGAAGAAUCCGGACAAAGCAGUUCCAAUUCCAGAGAAGAUGAACGAGUGGGCUCCUCGGCCUCCUCCAGAGUUUGUCCGUGAUGUCAUGGGUUCCAGUGCCGGGGCUGGCAGUGGAGAGUUCCACGUUUAUAGGCACCUACGGCGGAGAGAAUACCAGCGGCAGGACUACAUGGAUGCCAUGGCUGAGAAGCAAAAACUGGAUGCAGAGUUUCAGAAGAGGCUAGAAAAGAAUAAGAUUGCCGCAGAGGAGCAGACUGCAAAGCGCCGGAAAAAGCGCCAGAAGUUAAAAGAGAAGAAGUUAAUGGCAAAGAAGAUGAAGCGUGAGCAGAAGAAGCAGAAGGAAGGCUCCCUUCCACACCUACCCUUUGGGUGCCCAGCCCUGUCCCUAAUGGAACAGCAGACUUCAGCACUGAAGAACUGUGCCCGCCCAGCAGCUCCGAGAACGUGCAUGAGCUGACCAGGGCCCUCGGUAGGAGGCUGGGCAGAAGGAGAGAAGCUCCAGGAAGACAACAGGUAAUGAAAGAAAGCAGAGGUCACCAGAGAGACGUGGGAGAUGGGACAGGUACUGGCCACAGCCUUCCUCCCACCCUUAACUCAGGAGAUCUAAACCAGAGGGACUGGAGAGGGGGAGCUCUUCGGGAUGGAAAGGCCUCCCUCCUGUCAGUCCUCCCACUGAGUGUGCUUGAGUGACUGUGGUCCAGACCUGCUGUGUGUACGGGUCCAGAGUGCACCCAACACCAUGCCAGGGAGGAGGGAGGUGACCCGGGACCACCUUGGUCCUCAGAGCCAUUAUCAGGCCAGUGGAGUGAUGGGCAGUUUCUAGUAGAGCGAGGCUCUGUGUCUGGAGUGUCUCCAGUUCCCCAGUGUGCCAUGUGCCUGCUGUGGAUGUUAGUAGCACGUUGAGUGAAAGGGAAACUAAGAACGUCUUCUACUUUUGAUUUUUGUUGCUGUUCUUUGAUAGCUCAUACAUGUUUGCAAUGUACUUUGUUCAUGUUUACUCCAUUCUCUUAGCCUACCCCACCGGGUCCUUUUCCCCAGCAGACUCGACUCCCCUCCUGCUGUUAUGUCGUUUUUGGCAUGGCACGUUUUAAGGUUGCCUGAAUGAGCUUGGGUGGUCGGUUAUUUACCAAAACAUGAGAACCUUCCCAGUGGCUGUCCCACUAAAGGAAAUGGCUCCCUCUUCCCUUCUUUUACUGCUGUAGCAGAUUCCCUGUGCCCACUAAGCCAUGUGACGUCUAGCCCCUAUCCCUCCAGCACGUUGAGUCACAGGCGAUCUUCAGGUGUGUCGUGACUAGCCUUGUGGUUUUGUAAUUGGCUUUUAAUUCUCCCUUUACCCGUCUGUGUCAUGGCUCUUGCUUUGAAUCUGCAGCCUAGACCUCUACUGGAUGAGGGCUGCUGAGGAGUAGGGCUGGGCCUAAAAGUCUUUCCCUCUGCUGCCUCAGAGCCGGGGACAAGUCCCUUCCUGCCUCUGCCGGUUUGCCUGGCCUAGAGCUACAGUGAGCUCUAGGUGUCCUGCAGCUUGGGAUGACUAAACAAAAGGACUCCAGGCUGGCUGCUAAUGGGAGGAGGAAGCGUCUGCGCAGACCUUUCUGGCUAAGGGGUUAUCAGUUCUCUAGGUUAGCUGACUCUCGGUCUAGCUUCAGACUGUUGUUUGUUUGGGGAAAUGGAGCAGCUAAGUGGCGUCACUGAGGCGGGCGGCUGAUAUUUUCAGCUGCCCCCAAAGCCACAGAGAGGAGGAUUGUACCAUCAUGUGCUUAUUGAGGGCUCACGGAUGAAGAGAAGCCUGGCAGCGAACCCUGGGCCGUAUAUAGCAUAAUGUCUCAGAAAGCCUGGUGAGUGUGGCCAUCUCACCCCAAACACACCUAGUCUCUUCUGCUCUGGGAAGUUAAGCCCUCCGGAGGAGGAGGAGCAAACCUUGUCUCUGAAGAUCCUGAUUUACCUACACUCUGAUGACAGAUGUACUGAGCACUCUGUGCCUGGUCAUUUAGAAUAGAAUGUUCUUUACCCUUCCAUUUCUCAUGGAACUUCCCAAAUAUGGUUUCUCUUGUUGCAAAUGGUGAAGCUGGGGUUAAGCCAGCUGGUAUGACUGGGACCGUUGUAGAUGUGCAGCCCUGGGGAGAGUUGUCUGGUAGCCCCACUUUAGAAGGGGAGGGUGCCUGGUACUGCCAGGGCUGAGGAUGUACAGCCCUCCUUUGUAUGAGUGAUGGCUUGUGGUUCAUGAACCUGUGCACACUCCAGAGACCAAAGAGCAUCACUAUCAUGCUACACCCUGUUCCCCUGAGACAGGGUCUCUAAGCUGAGGCUGGUGGCUGACAGGCCCCAGCAAUCCUCUUCCCUGACCUCCACAGCACUAGGAUUACAACUUUUUAGUGGGUGUGGGGAUUUGAACUCAGGUCCUCAUGCAUGCACAGCAAGCACUCUUACUCACUGAGCCCUCUCCUCAGCCCUCACAAAACAGAAUUGAGUAAGGGGCUGGAGAGAGGGCUCAGCAGUUAAUAUUAAUAGCACUUAUUGCUUUUGCAGAGGACCUGCCUUUGGUUCCCUGCACCCAAAUAGUAGCUUGCAACCAUACAUUAACUCCAGUUCUUGAGGAUCUGGCAGCACCUUCUGACUUCGAUGAGCACUAGACGUGCAUGUGCUACACAUACAUACAUACAUACAUACAUACAUACAUACAUACAUACACACAUACAUA